CGUACUUAUCGGAACAGAUGAGUUUCGUAUCUCCAUCUGUAUCCCGUCGUCGAUGGAAAUCGAUCGAUGUACGCAAGAUCCUUUAUCGGUGUAGUUCAUCGAUCCAUUAUGUCCUACUGCUAGAGGACGAUCGGUAGAAGCACAUAAGCAUUCUCCGUCCACUCCUUUCACUCCUUUUCAUUCCUCUUCGUUGCACUGGUAGAACCUCCACUGCCUUGAAAAAUUUCGAUUUCCAUGUAUUUAACCGUCGUGUGUGAGUAGUCUAUUAGUGGACUGUGUCCCAAUACUAGGUAAAGCAGCAAAGUGAUUUUCGUCUACUAAAAACACUCCUUGAUAUUGUCAGACAAAAAAGAGGAACAUUUCUUUCGAAUAACAACCACCUUGAUGACUAUUCAUCUUUCGCUCGUGCUACCCUAGUCAUCUUCAUCGCCAUUCACCCACUAAAACCAGUAGUAGAGUCGCUUCUUGGUUUCGCUGCAGCUUUUUGAAAAAGGCUGUUGUUGGGGCAGCGGAAGGUUUCUAUUAUUAUUUAACGAGGAACAAUCUUGCACUGAGCAAAUCUCUAACGUGGUUGAAUUGAUAGAGGUAAAGAUUAGUUGACUCCUGUGUAGCAGUGGUCUAAAGAUUAGCAGUGGUUUUUUCGUUUUUCGUAGAUAAGAUUGUGGUUUGAAACAGAAGUCUGUCAUAUCGCACUUUCAAUGAAAGUCUACUGCCGCUGCAUGUUGUCGUUCAAUUCUCCGUCCGUAAAGUCAGUUUUUUUCUCGAGUACGCAUAGUACGUAAAAGCAAUAGGAUCCUUCUCCCGCUAAAAGAAUUUGCAGCAUUCGUCAGAGUUGGAUCGACACACAGAGCAAUAUUUCAUACAGACGUACUACCUUACCUACGUCGUGGAGCAUUCUCAUUUGAGCGGAGUCCGGCAUGAUGUGGUAUCUUUGCGCAAGUGUAGCUAUUCUUGUGAGCUGGUCCCUAACCGGUGUCAUUGCUGAUCUUCCGGUCGCUUGCUAUCACGACAGUGUGCCGGGAACAUGGGAGUUCACUCUGGGUACCUUCAAAGGCGCAAAUUGUGGUUGGCUUUCUCCCGAUCGUCCUGGAGGACAUAAUCACAUCACUCCUGGUACUGAGAUAUCACAAUUGAUAUCCAUCACUCUCAUGACAUCAAAAUGGAUUAUCAUCGUUUUUGAUCCUACUCAUUAUUCAUCAUCGAUUCUGCAGAUUUACGUAUUCCACUCUACUUGAUUUAGAACAAUCAAUGACCGCAGGAAACCAAGGGAAUCAACCACUAUUUCGAAGAAGGUUGCGCUGACCAAUAGAUACGACUUUCAUAUCUCUACUUUACAAAUUUUAGUCCUCGUGCGCCGGCGUCGACGAAGAUGUGUAGCCUCGAAAAAUCCUACAACAAACAUCUUCUACAGGUGGCACUACGGCUCGUGCGACGCAAGAGGUUUCGAUGUCGCACAAUUUUGAGCCGUUUGCGCGCAUGCGGAUGGUCAUGACCGACAAGAAUGUGCAGACUGAGGGCAUCUACAACUUGCGAGGUGUGCAAGCGCCCGGCGAGACAGGUCAAGUGCCCCUUGAUUCGUUAAAGUCGCUGAGUGCUGCAGACGCCGAGAAGUGGUUUCUUCAGGACUCACUGCUGGGUCAAUACUCCCAGAUCUACAACCAGGGUUUCGCGGUGACGCUUCAAGCGAAUGACCAUGCGCCUUAUCACAGGUUCUAUGCGCCUAAUAAAUACGUCCUGGAGCCGGGUGCCGAUGCCUUCGGGAACAACAUGAAGAAAAACCAGAAAAUCAGUCACUGCAGUACUAUUUCUAUUAUUUUUCUGAAGAUGUAGCUCGCGUGGUCGUGGUGGUAAAUCUACUCCUCUUUCUUAGAAUCCAACUUUCAAGACGAUGAAUACUGUGCUUUUCCUUACAUAUUGAUUUGCCUCUUUCUACUCAACAAUGUUCAUGUAUACAAGCUGAGUAGAAAUAGCACAAGAUCAACAUGAAUUUGCCAUAGGUUGGACGAUUCUUGGGCAGUGGUCGGUGAUCAAGGCUUACUCGAUGGGUGUUCCAGCCGUCGUUGCGGAUCCUGGCUACAGCAUGUGCUACUACGGACAGCGCGUCGGUGACAUUCCGGAUAAUUUCGUGGCCCGUCAUAGAACUCCCUUCGGUGGUGCUCCUUAUGGACUGAAAUUGCUAAAAGCUGAAAUUUUUUGAUUAUCGCGAUAAUUGGUGAACCGAACAGUCAGAUUAUCGCGGUACUGUAGACAGACUCACUACGAGGAUCAUAAAAUCUAUCUUGAUUGGACAAAGUGAUCCAUAGAUAUAGGCGCGAUGAUUACAAAUGAUUUCCAUAGUCCCAAAUUUUGACGCAAAAACUCUUUCAUAGCUCGGUUCCGUCACCGGAAAGCCCUGAGACCGCUGCGAUCCUUGCAGAGGAGACCAAAUUCAAGACUGAGCUUAAGGAGAAGCGUCGACAGCUGGACAAGUUGAUGCAAAGUCAUCGGGAGCAUGUUGAGCAGUUGCGCACCGCUGCAGCAGCGCGCCUCGUGGAGAUGGACGCCAAGGAAGCAACUCGUGCGACCGCCGCACAGCAAAAGAUCAAGAAGGGCCACAAUGUUGCAGAGCUAGAAGCGGAGUUAUGAUAUCCGAGUCUCAUUUGUACUAGUGCAAAUAAACGGUAGAAGAACAAGAAGAAGAAGUGUGAUCAAUCGUAAAUUUUUGGAAAUAACAGCAGGUGUAGGAAGUGUAAGCAUGCGUCUUUCCUUGCCUAGAAUUAGGCGUAAGAGUCUCCCAGUACCGUCGUUUUAAGCCCCUUUUCCAUGAUCUUUUCUUCAUUUGGCGAGGCUCUGCGCAAGGCCACGUAUGCGCGGGAACGUCGCCGCAUCGAGCUGGAAGUUCAGGCACAAGGUGUUAUUCUGCAGCAAAGCAUGGACGCAGCUGGUUCCCUGCACGUGGAAACAGCGCAUAUGCACGUGGCUUCCGACAAGCGGGCAGCGUCCGAAGUUGCGAAGGCCGACCGCUUCCGCGAGGCGAAGCAGGUAGCUGCAAGCGAGAUGGUGCGGCACACUUCUCAGGCUGUGCACGAAGCCAAAAGCGGGGAGGCGCAAUCUACCGCGGGCGGCGCUUCGGGUGUGUUCUGGCGCCAGUACAAUCGUCUGUAUGCCUGGAUGGCGCACGAGUUGGGGUUUGACAGUGCGGACAAACUGAUGCCAUCUACGGCUGCAGUUCCCGCAACAACAGCUGCAGCGGGGGCGCAUCUACACGACGCAUCUGCGGCAGGAGCUGCUACACAGCAGGCAUCCGCAUGGGUGCCAUCGUCGAUCGGAUCCCUCAUGAUGGGGGGUAGCUUUUUGAUCCCCAUGCUGUUUUUCUCCACCGGAUGGCUGCUGGUCUUCUUCGGUGUCUUGCAGUGGUGGAACGCGAAGCGGAAUGCGGCUGAGCAAGGCGAGGAGGAGAACGGGAGCGCCGCGCAAGACUCAGGGCGACGAAUGACCAAUCCAGCAAGCGCUGCUGACAUGGAUGACCAGGCUGUCUGUGACACCGAAGCGAACAGUCAAAAUGUCGGCUCCAACAUGCUGAGCAGCCAGAGCGACAAGAUGCGAAGCCCGAGUCCGCGGCGGGUCGCCGCGAUGGAGUCACCGUCUCCGGUAGGCGAGAAUUCUCAACUACUUCCAGGCGCGAAAAGCCUGAGAACCGAGUCUGGCGGAGGAAGCCUGUUCGGAAAACUGAAUUCGCCGAGCGGGCGCAAUGGCGGCAUCCUUUCACCGUCCGGAGGAAACUACGGGACCGGCAGUCCGCCACCGGUGCUGCAGCGAAUGAAACAUGACAGCGUCGGUUUGCUCAUGCGUGGCGUGCAAAUGAAAACCACAUCAGGUGGAUGGCUCGCGGAUGCGGCAGGACGCGGCAAGGCGUGUAUCGGGUUGGGUCUCUUGAUGCUGAUCGGUUGCUACUUAUGGAACUUCUGCUCCCUGCGUAGCUUCGUCGGUUCGUUCACCUCUGCACCUCCUGGCACACCCACUGGCUCAAAGAGUGCUCCGGGAACGGAGUUGGCUUCUUCUGCGCACGCAACUAGCGGCGGCAUCGAGCGGUCCGAGCAGAUGGCCCUGCUGGACAGCAAAAUUACGGAGCUCGAGGCCAAACUCGCAGAAGUCAAGGGCACCACCCCUGACGUGGAGCAUCAUCUUGUCGAGGAGGAGAUGCGGAAACUGCAGAGCAAUCCCGUUUUCACAGAACGCGCGAAGAGCGAACUCGAGGAUCUGGUUCGCCAGGAGGCGAUGUCCCGGAAAACGAUCGGCGAGGUGCAUGACCACCUGACAGAGCAACACGAACUGCUGAAGAAAGCAAAUCACAAAGUCCGCUACAAACUCAUGGACAAGGAUGAACUUCGAACGUUUCUGAAGGCGCGCAGCAAAGCUGUGGGCAUCGAACUCGAGGAACACUCUGAAGUUGAGAAGUACUACAAAUCACUAUUUUCUUGCUAGAGUAGCUGCAAACUUGUUACGAAUGCUCACAGUUCGUUAGUUCAUCUUGUAUGUUUUAUUUUUUUUUGAUUCAGUCGGAUUUGAAUUUGAUUGCUGCAGUACUUUUUUCUAUGAUCUUUAGAGUUACCUUCGCAACUCCCUGACAACAAAGUGUAAAUUGUAACUACAGGAUGAUCCAGGCGCACGAGAGGAGUCUGAAAAAUGCAGUGGAUGCGGUUCCCGGAUUGUAUGGUUUUUCGACGCCUCAGAACGUGGGUCCCACUGACCACGAGGGUCCCAGUUCCGAAAUGAAUAUGUUGUCAGAAAGACUGCAAGUGGAUGUGUCGCAAAUCACUCCGGAUGAUGUCUCGGAGAUGUGGGGACCGCGUGCGGGCGAGUCUCUACGCCAUUUUGCCGAUGGAAGGGAAUUUUUCCUUGAGGUACUAGGAAAAUUUUUUCUUCCUCUAACAUGCUGGGAGAUGCUGUCUUCUUGCAACUCUUUUACCAGCUUACUUUCAUGUUCAGUUUUCGGAGGUUACUUGCUCCUCGUUCUCUUUUGAGUUUUAUCCGCAUGGUUGUUGUCGCUUCUCGUUUCGAUCAUAUCAUUCAGACAUUAUCAGAAUCCAUUAGUUGCCGUAGUUGCAUAAUGAAGAUAAUUUGUUACGAGGAAAGGAGUACUAUUCAUCUUUAAAUAUAUCGAUCGCAUCACUAGGACGACUAUGGUGCGCGCACUCGGGUCGAACCGGAUGACUGGCGUGACCCAGAGAAAGGCUUCGAUUAUCGCAAAAUUGUCGUCGUCAAGGAUGGAGUUGAGUACAAGAAGAUGACCAUUCCCGCUAUGGAGCAAGGAAGUUGCGGCAACUGUUACGCUGCAGCUGCGUCGAACAUGUAUACGACACGCCUCAUAUACAAGUACCUCGACCUGCACACGGGUUGGAGAGGUACGAAGGAUGUCAAUUUUUUUUCCAAUUUUUUCCGUCCAGACUUAUUAAGUUUCAUUCUCAUGAAAAGAAUUAUGUCAAUGUCGAACAUAUCAGUGCACCAUACGCAGGUUUUCUGCUGAAGAUGAAGAGCUUAGAGAUACAUAAGAAAGCUUUCAGCCGCUUUCAUUGUUCAAGAUGGAUAAACGCACAACAAUAAGCCCUCUUACAUUACAGGUAAUUCUGGUGAGAUCGAGGAGAUCAUUUCUUUGGACCAGCAAACGUCGUGCAACUGGAUGAACCAAGGUUGCGAGGGAGGCUAUCCUUGGCUUUCGCACUACUGGGGCUCAGAGCACGAUUUGGUCACAAAGGACUGCUGGGCGAGCCUGUCUGCCUACUCCGGUCCCGAGAAAUGCGCGAUGAUCCGCAGACGUGAGGAUACCACACCCGAAUGCAAAACCAAUGCGCAUUUCAGGUAAAGAUCGAUUGGUUGUGAAUAAAGUAGUAGGACUGUUCAAUACUCCAUGUCGUAAAUCUUCUCCAGUACUGGUCACCUUUUGAAGUCAUUUUUUUAUUACCUCGUCUCGCUGUAUUCUUAACAGGGUCGACGGAUUUCGCUACAUCGGCGGAGGUCUGGGACGAUGCCAACAAUACAAUCAGUGUGAGAGACUGAUGCGCGAGGAGAUUUUCAAAGGCGGACCUAUCACAACUGCGAUGGAACCGCGCAACGAUGAUUACAGCGCCUUUCAGUACUACAAGAGUGGUAUUCUGCAUGAGGUUCCGGAAAUGGAAACGCGCCAUGGCGAGCUGAUGAAACUCUAUCCGACGAAGGGGAAGAAAGUCUGCACCGAGACUAUCUGCUACCCCUUUCGCAAAGUCGAUCACGCGCUUUUGGCUGUGGGGUAGAGACACAUAUUUUUCUAAAAGUAUUCCUACUAUUGAAGGACAAUAUCGAUCUUGAGGUCAUGAUCAUUAUCUUCAUCAUGAAAAGUGGAUGUGGCAUAAGUACAAUUACUUCGAAAUCGUUGAUGUUGAUAUUCUUCAUUUAUCGUUCAACAAACAACCACUUCUAGAUGGGGCGUCGACACUUCGGAGACCGCUUGUUAUUACCGUGGUGGGCAAAACGAUGGUCGACACGUUUGCGAUAAACAGUUGACAGAGUCUGCUUGCCAAGCAUUUGACAGAAUGUGUCAGUGGGGUGGCUAUCCUUACUGGAUUUUUCAGAACAGUUGUUACGGCCACUAAAAACUUGGAGUUACUACACUUAAAGAGAUAAUUCGUAGUACUAAAGUAGUUGUCCUCAUGUCCUCGGUCUAUCCCUCCAAGCAAAAUACUGAAGUAGUUUUGAAAUUCACAGCACUGUGUGGGCAGAAGAAAUUUAUGUUUUCACCAAAGACGUAGGUACGUGCAGACAGAUAUGAUGGGGAAGGCGGUCUUUGGCGUUCAUUCAUCCUCCUUCUUUCUAGUUUCUGGGCGUCUACAUCUAUAAUCUCUACAUUUCUUGAUGCCUCUGCACUAGUUUACAAGCUUACUCUGAAAUAAUCAGUAUCUUCAGCUGUCCCUUCUAAUUUCUGGGCGAUUCUUAUGGAGAGCACGGUUUUCUGAAGCUUGGCCCACGAGGAUCGAAUCCGUGGUAUGUCGAGACCAUGCCUACGGCAGCCUCGCUGUGGCGUAGACCCGACAAUGAUCCCAACGCGGUUGAGAAGAACGUCCUGGCUAGCGAUGCCAACGCUGAGGGUCUCACCAAAGCGCAUGGAGAAAAUGCGAUUGUACAUAAAGAUUAUGAUAAUCGCUAAAUUUUGAUUUGUCACCCUUGUUGUACUCGGAUUUCGAAGAUGGAAAGUAGUUUUCAUCUUUGGAAUGAGGUGGCCGAUAGAACAAGGGAGUGAGAUGCUGGGGCUUAGAGACUGUUCCGAGGAUGAGAGGUUGAGUUGUGGCACAGCUUGACCUAUAUUUCAUCUCUCUUGGAAUGAAGAGGUGGGGGGGAGGAGGGAUGAUGAUGAGCAGUGGAUGAACAUUCUAUGUUCAUCAUAGGGGGUGAGUGAGGGUUAUGGAGUAGGCUGUGACGAUUGUGGGCGUGUAGGAAACACAUUUUGAUUUGUUGGGAAUUGUAUUCUGCAUGUCACGAAAAAAGGGAAGGGAGCUCGAAAAGUGCACUAUUGCAUUAAGUACCUGUGUUGAGAGUGAGAUCAGCCAACACACGUGAAGACAAAUAUUUGGGUGACGGUUUUUUACAGACUGGAUAUAAAUCAGUUUGUGCAGGGAGCCAAUGAGUAAGUAGUGAAAAUAAAUCUAAUUUUUGAAAGCGUAAGUAAACUGACUUACUACAUACGAAAAAUCAAAGGAGGUAUGUUCAAUGAUUGACUUAGAUUUUUGCUGAACUUGUACAAAACCGAGGAAAGUAUGCAUCAUAGUGACGUCUAUGUAAGUAGAUCGAAUUAUGCUAAUCUCAGUAAUUAUUAAAUUGACGUAGCUGAAGAACGACAUCUACCUAUGAAAAGUGACGUAGCAGAGCAACACGAUGGUUAGAACAUGCAAGCGACAAUUAUAUGCCAGUAUGUAAGAAGUAGAAAAUAGUUAUCUCAGCCAAGUAUGCAACCCAAAACAAAUGUAAGUUUAACAACUAAAAGAGUAUCAAUCAAGUUGAACAUUUCGUAUCCCGUAAUUAUGUCAUGGAAAUUAAUUUUCACAGAUAGUUACUUAGUGAAUCAAAGAAGUUAUUGCAUUUAGAGCUUAUUUCACUAAACAUCCGAGAUAAAAGUGUCCGACACCUGACCGCAAAUCAGAACGAAAACCCUAAGUAGUGUACAUCAAUCUCAAUGAAAUUGUAGUAACGAACUAGUAGUUCUCAAGAUAUUCGACGAAGCAGUAUUCCGAUUACAAGCAAGUACGCGGCAAACCCCAUCUUUCGACCACGGAUCUAGCAAACAGACUCAAACUGAUUAAGGGAAUUAUGUUCGAACAGCAGCUCACACUCUUCUGCAACCAUAUUCAAUGACUUUUCAUCAUGCUAUGGAUACAGGCAAGGGACCUCAGCAGAUGGAGCAGAAUUAUUCCGUUGGCCCCUUCGCCGAAGACUUUGAAAUGAAAAUCCUUUAUUGUACGAUAACUGAAAUAAAAGGUUUGGUGUAAAAAAUUUCUCGUUGCUGUCGAAGGAAGGAGCGACUGGAGCUCAAGG